AUGGAGACCCCUGUGGAGGACACAGAGAAGGCCCACCCCGUGGGUGUCAAGGACGGUUCGGUCGACAGUCGGGAAGGGCCGGCUGCCAAACGCCCUCUGAGCAAGAGAAUCCUCGCCGUGGUGUGGGACUCGCUCGACAAGACUCCCGAGGAGCGCAGCUUCAUUGCGAAGAUUGAUUGGUGGAUCCUGAGCUACUGCUGCAUCGCGUACUUUGUCAAGUACCUUGACCAGACCAAUGUCAGCAAUGCGUACGUGUCGGGCAUGAAGGAGGACCUGAAUAUGACGGGAAAUGACUUGAACUACCUGACCACCUACUGGAACAUCGGCUACAUCCUCGGCCAGGUCCCGUCGCAGCUGAUGCUGACCAAGAUCCGUCCCUCUAUCUGGCUGCCGAGUCUCGAGCUGAUCUGGGGCUUCCUGGUCAUGGGCAUGGCCGGUGCCAAGAAUGUCGAAACCCUUUAUGCACUUCGGUUCUUCGUUGGACUUCUAGAGGCGUCUGCCUAUCCCGGCAUCAUGACGCUGCUUGGAAACUGGUACACUCCUAUGGAGCUGGGCAAACGUGCCUGCAUCUUUCAGGCCUCUUCCAGUGCCGCUCAGAUGUUCUCUGGGAAGGUCAGAUACUUGCAAGCUGCUCUGUACUCCGGUAUGAACGGCAAAGCAGGUCUCGCAGCCUGGAAAUGGCUCUUCAUCUUCGACGGCAUCAUCGGCGUGCCAAUCGCCCUCUACGGCUACUGGGCCAUCCCCGACGCGCCGACAUCCUCCAAGGCCCGUUGGCUCAAGCCCAAGGAUCGCGAUAUGGCCGUGGGCCGCAUGGAGCGCGUUGGCCGCGCCCCAAUGAAGCGCCUGACCUGGCGCAUCAUCCGCGAGAUCUUCACCCAGUGGCCCGUCUACCUGUUCUGCACCAUGUUCAUCUGCCACGUCCUCGGCAUCCGCAUCUACAGCUACAUGAACCUCUGGCUCAAGUCGACGAAGCUCUACUCGACUGAGCAGGUCAACCUGAUCCCCACCGCGGGCUACGGCCUGCAGAUCUUCUUCACCCUGUCGUACGCGUGGAGUUCCGAUGCCAUCGGCAAGCGCUGGCCCAUCAUCAUCAUCGCCUGUAUUGUCGCCAUGAUCGGCACCAUCAUCUUGUCGGUGUGGCCCUCCUCCAACAUCCCGGCCAUGAUGGUGGGCUGGCUGCUCACCUUCUGCGAGACCGGCGCUGGCGCGCUCAUCAUCACCUGGAUCAACGAGAUUUGCAGCCACUCUGCCGAGCACCGUGCCGUCAUCAUUGGUAUCGUCGAGACAGCUGCCUUCACUUUCCAGGCCUGGGUGCCGCUUCUGGCCUACAACACGGGUCAAGCUCCCAAAUUCAAGAUUGGUUACGAGAUGGCAACCAUGUUCUUCGCUCUCGAGCUGCUGCUCACGGUGCUAGGAUGGUGGCUGGUCAAGAAGUAUCCUCCAGGGAGCAAGCCGGAGGUUACACCUGUUCUGGAGGAUGGAGAGGUAGACGCGGGCAUGUAG